GCUGGCGCUGUCCCUCCGCGUGGAUGUAUCUACCCCAUGAGCGAAGAGGAACUCGAGGUGCUUCGUGCACAACUCGAUGACCUUCUCGACAAGGGCUGGAUUCGCCCUAGUUGCUCGCCAUAUGGUGCCCCUGUUCUCUUCGUCCGGAAGAAGAACAAAGAUCUACGGUUAUGCAUCGAUUAUCUACGGGCAUUUUGAAUGGGUUGUCAUGCCAUUUAGCGUCACCAAUGCCCCCGCGACUUUCCAAGCAGCUAUGACGACCGAGUUUCACGACUUGCUCAAUCGCAGCGUCCUCAUUUACCUCGAUGACAUUUUGGUUUAUAGUAGGACGUUGGACAAGCACAUCGUACACCUUCGCGCUGUUUUGGAUCGUUUGCGACUGACCAAGUACAAAGCGAAUCUCGACAAGUGCGAGUUCGCCAAGCAGGAGCUUGAGUACUUGGGUCAUUUUGUCACGCCGAAAGACAUUCGUCCCUUAGCGAACAACAUCCAAGCCAUCGUGGAUUGGCCGGAACCCCGUUGCACGACGGAUGUAUGCUCUUUCAUGGGUUUGGCUGGAUAUUAUCGGCGAUUUGUCGAGUCAUACUCGAAAGUGGCCGCUCCUUUGUCGAAACUUCAGUCCCCGAAGGUGCCUUUCGAGUUCGACGACACAGCCUGUGGUGCGUUCACUACGUUGAAGGCAGCGAUGCAAGCCGCACCUACCCUCCGUAUAUACGACCCCACCCUUCCCACCCAAGUGACUACGGACGCUUCAGGAUAUGGUAUUGGUGCGGUGAUGGAACAGUGUCACGAGGACGGUUGGCAUCCGGGCGAGUAUUUCUCCCAAAAGGUGUCUCUCGUCAACACUCUGGAUGAUGCUAGGAAGAAAGAGCUACUCGCGUUCGUCACCGUUCUCAAAUGGUGGCGUCACUUUCUUCUCGGCCAUCGACGUUUUAAAUGGAAUACGGACAACAAUCCGUUGACCUUUUACAAAACGCAGGAUACGGUUACUAGCACGAUCGGUCGAUUAAUGUAUUACAUCGACCAGUUCGACUUUGACCCGUGUCACAAUCCCGGUCCCUCCAAUCGAGCUGCGGACGCCCUCUCACGACGGCCCGAUUUUUGUGCCAUUGUGACCACGACAUUCGACCUCGAUGACGAUCUGCAGCCGCAUUUCACGGAUGGCCAGACGGAGCGAGCACACCAGACGGCUCAGAUGAUGUUGCGUACGCUCAUCCGUCCCGACCAGAAAGAUUGGGUUGAUCGGCUUCCCGACAUUGAGUUCGCCUAUAACACUUUGGUGCACCCGGCGAUCUGCGCCACACCAUUUGAGCUGCAUCAUGGUGGAGAGAAAGCACGGGUCUUCGCUGAUCUCCUUCUGCCACAGGCCGCCGACAUAGACGUCCCUUGCUCUCCCGCUCCUGUUCGGAAGUACCGGGACUUGCUGACCAAAGCCCGCGCGAAUAUGCAAAAGGCUCAAAUCCGCAUGCAACAGCAAGCUAACCGACCUCGAAUUCCAUGUCCUUUCCGCGAGGGAGACCUUGUUUGGGUCCUCUCCGAGRAAUUUGCGCUCGAGCAGGAUGUUUCGCGCAAACUCCUUCCGAAAUGGUUCGGACCAUGGGAAGUCUCUUCUGCCAUUGGAGACGACCCCGUAGGUCCUUUCUUUGUGGUCAACAUUCCUCCGCACCUUACAGUGCACCGGGCCUUCCACACGUCGAAGCUGGCCAUUUACACGCCACCUUCCGCCGACGAGUUCCCCAGGCGUCGAUCACAGGAUCCGCGUUCUAUGGACGGACAUCAGGAAGUUGACCGAGUCAUCACGCACCGCAAGUAUGGCAACAAGCCAAUCCUGUUCAAAGUCACAUUCAAGCAAUGUGCGCCUGACGACACUCGGUGGAUCUCUAGUGCAGACUUGCAAACUUCUGCACCCCUUAUCUUCGCCGACUAUGAGAAGCGACGCCUUGCCAGACAACUCUUGCACACCGGUUGGAUUACCAACCAGGGUGUUCCGGAAGACAUAGUGAGCGACCGAGAUACUCGCUUCAUGUCGGCUUUUUGGACUUCCCUUAUGGCUGAGUCCGGUACGACAAUAAAGCCGAGCUCGGAUGGCCAGACGGAGCGAGCACACCAGACCGCUCAGAUGAUGUUGCGUACGCUCAUCCGUCCCGACCACAAAGAUUGGGUUGACCGGCUUCCCAACAUCGAGUUCGCCUAUAACACUUCGGUAUUCACGAAUGUCGUAGCUACGGCCAAGGCUCAGCAGGAGGCAGCUGAGGCAGAACGUCAGCGGCUGGCUAAUGAGGCGGCAGCCCAAGCUCAGCAGACUGCUGAGGCUGACGCAGCGGCACGAGACAGAUGGAAUGCCGUCAGCACGGAGUCCCUGAUUCAAAGUGAGAAUCAGUGGACAAUGCUACUCCAAGGCAUGAUCUUUGUGCCUACGGAUGAGCAGGCGGAUCCGACACCGGCGGAGGCAGAGAGAAGUAACCUGGCUAACUUGCUGCUGGGCAUGAUGAGGGGAAUCAUGUGGAAUAACACACUGCUGCAAACACACCUGCGCACGGAACGACAACAAAGACAAAAGCACCAGCAAGACGUGGCCGCUUUAACAGCUGUCGUCCGCGCCGCAGCAACACAGCAGCAGCAACAGGAACAACUGUUUAACUCCACUCUCGCACGCAUCAACAACAUUGAGGCUAAGGCCUCAGCAGCGCCAGGCUGCACGACAGACGCAACGAAGCAGCUCAACGAGCGCAUCGAUCACGUCGUCAUUAUCAUUGGCGAACUAGGUGAUUUCACUAGUUCGGCCACGAUCAGCAGCACGGUGGCCGCCAUCAAGACGAGCAUCACCAAACUGCAGACAAGACCGGACCCUGCUACAAAGAAUUACAAGAUGACCCACUUCGACAUCAGCAAGUUCGACGACUACAACAAGACGGACGCCUUGACAUGGUGGCAAAAUUUCCUCACGGAAGCAUCAUGCCGCACUGUCCCGGCUGACGACAUGAUGAAGGCGCUCUACUUACAACUGAUUAGAGGAGCGCAGGCAUGGAUGAACCAUCUGGCGGCUACCAAGAAAUGCACCAUCCACACGCACAUCACGUGGAAGGAGUUCGAGCAACUGUGAAUUCGCGAUGCCAUAGCUCGGAAUGACGUCGAGGAGAUGGGCCUUGUAUUCUUGCAUGCUCUCCCCUCGCCGGACAGACCAGCCGCGUCACUACCGGACCCACGCAUCACUCACCUCUUGGACGAGUAUGGAGACGUCUUCGAGGCUCCCACCGGAACGGUUCCGGAUCGGCCCAUACGUCACGGGAUCACUCUCGAGGCUGGCGCCGUCCCUCCGCGUGGAUGUAUCUACCGCAUGAGCAAAGAGAAACUCGAGGUGCGUCGCGCACAACUCGAUGACCUUCUCGACAAGGGCUGGAUUCGCCCUAGUUGCUCGCCAUACGGUGCCCCUGUUCUCUUCGUCCGGAAGAAGAACAAAGAUCUACGGUUAUGCAUCGAUUAUUGCAAACUUAACGCACAAACCGUAAAGAACGAUGGCCCUCUCCCUCGGAUUGAUGAUCUCCUUAAGCGGUUAGGCGGCGCGACGUACUUCUCGAAGUUGGACUUGAAGUCGGGUUACCACCAGAUUGAAAUCCAGCCUCAACAUCGGUACAAGACCGCGUUCAAGACGCGGUACUGGCAUUUUGAGUGGGUUGUUAUGCCAUUUGGCCUCACCAAUGCCCCCACGACUUUCCAAGCAGCUAUUACGACCGAGUUUCGAGACUUGCUCGAUCGCAGCGUCCUCAUUUACCUCGAUGACAUUUUGGUUUAUAGUAGGAAGUUGGACGAGCACAUCGUACACCUUCGCGCUGUUUUGGAUCGUUUGCGACUGGCCAAGUACAAAGCGAAUCUCGACAAGUGCGAGUUCGCCAAGCAGGAGCUUGAGUAUUUGGAUCAUUUUGUCACGCCGAAAGGCAUUCGUCCCUUAGCGGACAAGAUCCAAGCCAUCGUGGAUUGGCCGGAACCCCGUUGCACGAUGGAUGUACGCUCUUUCAUGGGUUUGGCUGGAUAUUAUCAGCGAUUCGUCGAGUCAUACUCGAAAGUGGCCGCUCCUUUGUCGAAACUUCAGUCCGCGAAGGUGCCCUUCGAGUUCGACGACGCAGCCCGUGGCGCGUUCACUACAUUGAAGACAGCGAUGCAAGCCGCACCUGCCCUCCGUAUAUACGACCCCACCCUUCCCACCCAAGUGACUACGGAGGCUUCGGGAUACGGUAUUGGUGCGGUGUUGGAACAGUGUCACGAGGACGGUUGGCAUCCAAUCGAGUAUAUCUCCCAAAAGGUGCCUCUCGUCAACACUCUCGACGACGCUAGGAAGAAAGAGCUACUCGCGUUCGUCACCGUUCUCAAACGGUGGCGCCACUUUCUUCUCGGCCGUCGGCGUUUUAAAUGGAAUACGGACAACAAUCCGUUGAUCUUUUACAAAACGCAGGAUACGGUCACUAGCACGACCAAUCGAUGGAUGUAUUACAUCGACCAGUUCGACUUCGACGCGUGCCACAUUCCCGGUCCCUCCAAUCGAGCUGCGGACGCCCUCUCACGACGGCUCGAUUUUUGUGCCAUUGUGACCACGGCAUUCGACCUCGAUGACGAUCUGCAGCCGCAUUUCGUCAAAGACUACAAGUUCGAUCCGACUUACUCUACGCUUUACGCGGAGCUUUCAUCGGAUCACCCGCCGGCUAGCCACUAUCGGAUUUCCAACGGGUUCCUUCUCCUUCACACUAGAGGAAAGGACUUGUUAGUUGUGCCCCAAGAUCGCAUCUUACGGACUCGUCUUCUCGACGAAUUCCACGACGCACGACUUUCGGCACACCUUGGCGUGAACCGCACAUUAGCACUCCUCCGCCAGCGUUUUCACUGGUCCGACAUCCUUCAUGACGUCACGAGGUACAUGAGUCAUGUGCACUUUGCCACCGUAACAAGGGUCGAUCUCGAGUCCCAUUCGGCGAACUGAAACCGUUGUCGAUUCCUCGGGCACCGCGCCUCUCCAUUGCUAUGGACGUGAUAGGCCCGUUCCCCCGCGAUCGCCAUGGCCAUGACAGUAUUCUCACGGUCGUUGACCGUUUGAGCAAGUAUGCUCGCUUCCAUCCUUGCAAGUAUCAUGUUGCAGCGCUUGAGCUCGCACGACUCUUGCACACCGGUUGGAUUACCAACUAGGGUGUUCCGGAAGACAUAGUGAGCGACCGAGAUACUCGCUUCAUGUCGGCUUUUUGGACUUCCCUUAUGGCUGAGUCCGGUACGACAAUGAAGCCGAGCUCGGCUC